AAAGUUCUCAUUUUGUUUGACGAUAAGAGACCUUUCAGUCGGUGGCGGCGUAGGCUUUCACCUUUUAGAGAAGUGGGUAUGUAGAUACAGUAGCUGGAUGGAUUUGUGCCCCUGCAGCCCAAGCGGUGAGGCAACAUGCUCACUGAACCAGUCAUAACAAGAGGCAUAAAACCAUUUCCUUUAAGAAGACGCUGGUGGUGGUUUCUUCUUCUUCUCUUGACACCGGUGAACAUUAGUCACUUGAAGACUCUGCACAGCGAAUCCACAUCCCCCCCCUCUCCCAGCCACUUGGUCAGCUUCAUGAAGACGGGCACUAACAUGGAAACGCCGGCGACAUGAAGGGAUGAGUUACAAGCUGCUACCUGAAGGAAAAGAAAAAAAAACAGAGCAAUUAACACGCAGGAAACAGGAAGUGCGAUCUGCAUUAUCAUCAGUUUGCGUGUUUUAAUGUGUGCGUGUGAAAGUGUGUGUGUGUGUGUGUGUGUGCGUGUUUUUGCAAAACGGUGCAUGUGGGAACUUAAGCACCUUACCUGUGCCGUUGGAGAAUGUCUCUGAAACUACCUCGGAACUGGGACUUCAGCACCUUCAAGACCGAGACGGCUCGGAUAGCCCGAUCCAAGAGCGUGAUUCCUGGAGAGGGGACCCCCGGGUCGGGCUCGCCGUGCUCUCCCAGGUCCAUGGAGAUGCCCCUGAAGGCCGGCUGGCUCAAGAAGCAACAGAAGUCGUUGGUGAAGAACUGGCAGCAGCGCUACUUCGUGCUAAGAGGAAGCACUCUGACCUACCACAAAGAUGACAAAGAGACCACUGUGCAGGGAGUCAUCCAGCUGCGCUUCAGUAAGGUCAACGAACUCACACCAAGUUCAGAUGAUGCUGGAAAGUACCUCUUUGAGAUCACACCACAUUCGACCGGAGACAGAGAGCGGUGUCCUUAUGUGCUCAUGGCCAGCUCCCAAAGCGAUCUGGACGACUGGGUCCGAACGCUACGCCGAGUUAUCGGAAUGCCGACGAGUGCAGUGUUCGGAAAGAGUCUCAUUGACACUUUAACGUACGAGCAACGCUUCGGGCCUCACACAGUACCAAUCCUGGUACAGAAGUGUGCAGAGUUCAUCAUAGAGCACGGGUUGGAAGAGGAGGGAAUCUUCCGUCUUCCCGGUCAGGACAACGCCGUCAGACAGUUUAGAGAUGCCUUUGACGCAGGAGAAAGGCCUUCCUUUCCGAGUGACACAGAUGUCCACACGGUGGCGUCGCUGCUCAAACUGUACCUGCGCGAGCUGCCUGAACCUGUGGUGCCGUGGUCUCAGUACCAGGACUUCCUGGACUGCACUAACUUGCUGGAUACAAGGAGCAAAGAGGGCUGGGAGAAGCUGGAGCAACAAGUAGCUCUUCUCCCCAGAGCCAACUACAACAUUCUCAGUUAUGUCUGUCGGUUUUUAUUUCAGGUGCAGCAACACUCCGAUGUGAAUAAGAUGAACGUGGAGAACCUGGCAACUGUAAUGGGAAUCAACCUGCUCAAACCUCAGCUAGAAGAUCCGAUGACCGUUAUGAAGGCAACUCCUCAGAUCCAGAACUUGAUGAGAGUGAUGAUCAAACAGCACGAAACUCUGUUUCCUGUCUCCAAAGACGUUCUUCCAGCUUCCCCUUCAAACAAGGCUGACAGUCAGAAGAAUGCCCCUCGGAGCUUUGUGGGCUGGGAGUCUGCCGAGCUGGGAGAUGCGUCUAUGUCUGAGUCUCCAGAGGAGGAGGAGGACACCGACAGUCCAGGUCCACUAAGAAGCGAUUUCCUCCACAARCCAAUGCUCCAGGAYCCGACGUCGCCCGGCRCGGACGACUGGUCUGGCAGUCCCCGCAAGCGCACCCAAACUCUGCCCACUUUCAACUGCCCCCUCACYGGGAUGGCAGCCAAGGCGGACGCCCUCAACAGGUGGAGCCGCAUCCACGAGAGCGGCGAAGAGAAGAGCGGGACUUUGUCUGAGGACAUUUUCAAAAUCCUGGACCUGCGGACUUCUGGGUCGUUUUUUGGAGGAACUCAGAUGAGCGUCCAGGAGGAUGGGAGCAGGUUAACAGAUAAUGGAGGCCACAUGGAGCUAGGCCAGGCGGAGCUGUGUGUGCAGAAGGACACUGGCGUUAUCAAGCCUUCCUAA